UUUUUUCGAGUUUCCCUUCAUCUAAUCGUUAUCCUAGAAUCGCCAUAGGUUGUGGUUGCGGUUUAGCGUAGCAUACAAAGUAGGUUCUAGCGUAACAUUACCAGCUCUAGGUUUCGUCUCCUUUUUUGGCUCUUCAGUAGCCAAUGAAGGUUGCUAGUUUUUCUGGCGGGCCCCCACCUAACCUAACCUAACCUAAUUAUGUCGACGUUCUCCGAUGACGAGUGCUUUUGUCUCGACUUUUCUCAAGAAGGAGAGCCUAGUUUUUCGAAAAAGAGGCCCAAAACCGUAGAAGAACGAGACUGCUCACCUGUUCGUGCCUGUGCAGAGGAUGUGCAACCUUCAGCUUCCUCUGUAGCAGACGUGCAACCCUCAGCUUGCUCUGCAGAAGAUCAAGAUGUUCAAUCUUCAAGUUUCGAACUUGAUUUUGGUGGAGGCAUCAGAGUGCGGGUUCCUCACCAAGGAAGCAACAUAGCCACGAAAGUAUGGGAGUCAUCGCUUCUGACAGCCCAUCUGCUGCACAAAGGGACAAGAACAGCGGUGUUGGGAGGGGAGCUAGCGGACAAAGGGAUAACGCUGGGAUCUUCUGAGCUAACGGCCAAAGGGAUAACGGAGCUGGCAGCUGGCGGAAAGGAUACUGUUGCUGGGCGAGAGUCAACAAGUGGAUAUUCUUGUGACAUGACAACUGUAAGAACUUCCACAAGUGGCUGUCAAGAUUCUUCCGAUGUUUUUGUUGCACAACCGUCAACAAGUUGUGGCUCUUGUGACGUGCAGCCUCUGCUACAUAGUUGGAUACCACCAAGUGUCGGUACCGACACGAAGUGUUUCGCGUCAGACGAUGCAUCCAUGGUGGUGACUGGGUUCACGCCUAAGCGAGCCUCUUGUAGUACAGACGGACUAUUGAUUACGACGACGACAGCGACUCCUAGUUCAACGACAGAAGAUGCAACGCUUUUGUCAACUACGACAGUGACUCCGAGUUCUUCUAUCAGCUCUCGUAUCACGACUCCUGAUUCAUCUUCUAUCACGACUCCCAGUUCUUCUAUCACGACUCCUAGUGCUACUCCUAUCGGAUCCGAAAGGCUGUUCGAGGACAUGAAUGUUGAUGCUGACAAAGACGAUCAUUGCGAUGCCAGAGCUUUGUUGGAUGGAGGAAGUCAUGGUGCUGGAAGGAAUGACAAGGACGAAUGUGGGCUGUUUCAAAACUUCCUCGUCAAUGUGGCUGGCAAGGAUGUUCUAGAAAUAGGGUGUGGCGUUGGCGUUGCAGGGCUAGUGGUAGCUGCGCAUGGAGCUAGGUCAGUGACUUUAACCGACUGCGAUGACAGGGCGUUGAUGCUACUGAAGCGAGAAAUUGAGAAGUUGGAGAAAGAAGGAAAAGAACGGAAAUACUCCUGGAGAAAGGAGGUGGCACCUUGUACACCUUGUUCAAAGUCUCCACAACAUGAAGUUCUCCACUUGUAUCAUCAUUUAUGGGAGCAGGAUGAACUGGUGCAAGAACAGGACUCUACAAGUGAAAAGGAACAACAUUCUGGAGAAAGAGAACCUAAUCUAACCACGACAUGUUUAAUAUCGAGGAAAUUGCAAAAAGAACAGCCACGAAAGAUUCGUCAUUGGUCUGAUGUAAGUCGCAUGCCAGAGGAGAUUGAGGAUAUGCCGGAGGACACAACGUAUGACGUGGUAAUUGCUUCGGAUUGCCUGUAUUUCCCUUCGCAGGAAGAUCCGCUGGUUGCAGUCUUGUGGAAGAGAUUACGCAAAAACGGAAUUGCUCUCCUCGUCGUGCAAGAGCGGUCCAACGGAGGCGACCAAAUCCAGCGGUUACUGGGCAAACUACGGAAGCGAUUUCGUAGUUUGGGGGAUUGUUCUUCUGUCAGCGAAGAAGUAGAAAUAUGGCACACGGUAUUGUCUGCAGAAUUGGGGAAAAUUGGGGGGAAAAUGGCAGUCGAUGAGUUAACGGACGAUACCGAAGAUGGAGCAGGAGAAGAAUCUCUUGAUAGAGUAACAGCUGAUGGAGAAGAUGGACAGCGUGAAAAACAUGCUGAAAAAGAUGGUCGAGGAGAAGGGCUAUUUGUAGAAGACAACUAUUUACAUUUUUCUAACUUUGAAGAAGUUUCCAUAACAAGGACCACUAAAGCAGAUUCUUCUGCCCCAAAUGGGAGUAGAAGCUUAGAUAAAGACUCUAGUUGUACGGCAAGUGAAAAAACUUUUAGAAAAAAGCUUGAAACUUUUGAAGAACAUUGUGUUAAUAGUACUAAUUGCGUUUAUUUUGUUGAUCAAAUGAAACCUACUUCUACUAAAAACUCAAAAAAAGAGACUCGGACUUGCGCAUUGUGUGAUAAUUCAGAAGGGAACAACAUGGACAAAAACCAUCCAACAUCCAACAUCUUGUGCCAAGGAGAAAAGUGUAGAACAAAUCAACAUAAAAGUAGUAGAGGGGCCUUUUAUGAAUACUUGAUGGACAGAUAUUGUUGUGCGGAGAAAAAGGGACCAGAAAACGCUCCACACCAUGAAAACCUCUACGCAAAGAGUCUAUUACACUCAACGGGGCAAGAAGUGGCGGACCACAUCAUAUUACUACGCAGAUUGUCAUAGAAAUUGCGUCGACAACCUUAUUUCAUGUUUGUAGAUUGAUGUCAUGAAGAAAAAUUGUAGCGACAACCUUAAUUUCCCGUCCUUUGGGCAUAAUACGGAGUUUAGUUGUGCGUUUAGUCCUUUCAACUAACAUAUUACUUAGUUUAGUUGUGUGUUUUUAUUGUCAUGUAAUCGUGAUGGCCUACCCACCAAGACACAUCGCAGAAAGUGCAAGGUAUUACACAUGUUGAGCAGAACAAUUUGAAUUACCCACCAAAAACCCUAUGAUCAUAAUCUUUUUGUUUGUCAUGAUGCUCCUGCGCAUUGAGUCAGCAUAAUAU